AUGGCGGUGCGAGUGAAUCGUGCUACUCCAGCAGAUGCGCCAAUUUUUAUGAGUAUGAUCAGAGAGCUCGCAGAAUUUGAAAAAAUGCCUGAAGCUGUCAAGGUAAUGGCGGUGCGAGUGAAUCGUGCUACUCCAGCAGAUGCGCCAAUUUUUAUGAGUAUGAUCAGAGAGCUCGCAGAAUUUGAAAAAAUGCCUGAAGCUGUCAAGGUUCCUUUCUCGGAACAUUACACCGCCUUAGCGUUCACAUUUAGACUCCAAUGGAAUGUGCUCGAUUGGAAUUCCAAUGCAAUCGCUUUCUAUGAGACGUUGCCGUGCGAGAAUCUCACAAAGAAGGAGGGUUGGUUACUGUAUCGACUAGACGCUGAAGGAAUAGCUGCCUUGGCACAACCGAAGAUCACAACUCCUCGGCAGGAACAAAAACUUCAAAAUGGUAGUGAAUGA